GGGAGCUCGAGUGUUCGGGUCACUGUGUGAACAGGAUGGUCUCAGUUCAGAGCUACACCAGGAGGAAUAUGCCUGGUUCUCCUCCCGCUUUACCGGGUUUCGGGAGCUCGGGAAAGAGCUUUCUCAUCGACAAUCUACUGCAGACGUCUUCAGCCCGCUCGGAAGGGACAACCGGGGGACACCUGCGACGAGCAGCAUGUGAACAUCCCAGAAGAACCUGGGGCCCUGAGCAUAGAGCCUUCCAAAGCCAGGCCCAGGGUCCCCAGCAGGUGAAAGACCUAGGAGGACAACUUCUGCCACACUCAGGUGUACUCAACAGUGUUUUCCUGCGGAGCCCCCAGUAUCUGCUGGCAUGCUGCGGUGGGUCCAGCCCCCCUCCCGUCUUCUCCAAGGGAGCAAAUCUUCGGAUGUGGUCUGCUGAUGUAAGCCCGAAAGUUCGCAGAGGGAUCCUUAGGAGGGCUGUGUUCUCAGAAGAACAACGGAAGGAGCUGGAGAGAACCUUUCGGAGACAGAAGUACAUCAGCAAGACAGACCGGAACAAACUGGCAGCUGAUCUCAGUCUCAAGGAGUCACAGGUGAAGAUCUGGUUCCAGAACCGACGAAUGAAGUGGAGAAACUGUAAGGAGAAGGAGGUUCAUAAUACCCGCUCCCCGAUGGACGAGCUCAUGGCCCGAGGUCUCGCAGAGGAAGAGGAAGAACCACCUCAGAAUAACACUGGCGCAAAGACACAGAAAUCGCCACCACACAAGAGUGUCAGAGACACAUGAGGGGCUGUAAUGAGUGGAGAGUAAAAUGGGGACUUUCUGACUUCCACUGGCUUGAAAAGGGCUUCAGUACAGGAGGGUUGUUUUAAAAAUGUGGAUGGAAUAUGCUGUCUGUGAAAACUAACACUGAUAAUGUUACCUUUUCUGUCAAGAAGGCAAGUGACUGUUUUGUUAAAACAUAAAUAUGAUUAGGCUCAACUGCUUGGUCAAUCAUCUUAUUGCGUUUCACUGGCUGCGGAUGAUCAAUUUCAUGGUUAUUACACUGACAAGUCUUUCCAGGAAGAUUCCUACUCUCCGAUUAUAAUUACAAUCAGUUAAAGGGGAACAUUUGUCACUUCAUUUACUGCAUUUACAAAUCAGACUUUUUUUCCAACUAGUAACU